AUGUUUGGAAAACGCGUUCGCUUUGCUACUUCAGUAUAUUCGGAUGAUCAGGACUCGGUCACCAGUGCUACUUCUUACAGCAGCUAUGACAAUUCCUCUGACUCCUACAGACCCUCGUGCAGCAACUCUCCGGAGAUAGCAAAACACAAAUUCGAAGGGCCACUCGCCUGGUGGAGUGGAUACACACCGUUAGACUCAUGGAUUCCGCCCAUGCCUUCCCAGAUACCGAGGUUUAAGGGACUGAUCGGAGUGGAACCUUAUAUAAGGUUCAAACAAUAUAAAUUGGCUGACGAGGUACGGUUAAGCCAAGAGUGGACAAACGAUCCCAUCGCAAACAGGGACAUAAGAUACGACAUGUGCUUCUUAGGAGAAUUUGAUGAAGUUACAAGCAUGCUAGCAGAUAUCCAUGUCCUUGACAUGCUUCAUGGUCCUGCCGUUACUCGAACGGCCGGUCCACGAUCCCAAGGACUCACGAACUUGGACCAGUCGCCUCUCAGUUACAUACAGGAGAAUGGCGCUUGGAUGGAACUAAUCGGCGGCAUAGCUGCGGAUGACAUCGCCAGAUCACCGACAACGGACCCUUAUGACUGCGGUUGGGAGAUAAAUUCGGCUGCCGAAUAUAUCGCUCCGGGCUUGUUCUCAGCAGAGCAAGUAGAUCUGUACGACUGCGGAUGGGAGGAUCACAUGGACGUCGAAACGUCGGGAGUGAAGGACUUUCCCCGAGACUUUGGAUGGGAGGAUGAUUCGAAGAAGGACGGUCCGGCAAAGAGUCUGCCGAUGGGUGAGGAAGAAGAUGCCUACGACUGCGGAUGGGAGGAUGCUAUGGAGAUCCAACCCGCAGCCUCAUCGAUGACUCUCGGCGACGAAGAAGAUCCAUAUGACUGUGGAUGGGGGGAUCAGCAAAAUGAUACCGCAGCGCCCAUAUCCAGUGCUGCAACGGAGGACCUGUAUGAUUGCGGAUGGGAGGACGAAGAGGAUGCCAACCGUGUGUCCGAGGUCGCGAAUCUCGAGGACCCUUAUGACUGCGGAUGGGGAAAUGAUGAUACCGACAACCUGGAUGUUGUAUCCAGGAAUGACCCUUCAAGCAAACAAUUGGGUCGCCGGAUGGAUAGUCCGACACCGAUGUACGGGCUCGAUAUAAUCGACCUAACAUCGUCAUCUGCAUCUCAUAGAUCAGAAAGCAAUAAAAGAUACCAGCCGAUGACUAUAGAGAUACCGGAAGUCAUCGACCUGACGUCGGACACUGGAUCGUCUUCACAUAUGGUGUCCCAACUCAACACUUUUCAGGAGGCUGGGAAUGAGGAUGCACAGAAUAUGGUCACGGAUAAUCCCUCUGGCACACCAAACCAAUUUCCGGCAGGCGUGUUGAGGGCGAACCGGAGGCUCAUUGUUGCAUAUGGAGAAGCACGGGACAGAGUGACGGAGCUCGGUGAGGAUGUUGUUGCAAUCUACCGAUUGCUGGACAUCCACAGGCGCAUUAUGGAUCUGUUGGAUGCUAUGAUAACACACCUUCAGCAAGGUGAUGAGUAG